AGUUGUCCGCAGUCACUCUCUGGGUUCUGGAGUGGGCUCGCUGUGGAUCUGCAGCCAGUGGCUGUGUGCGGAGUGAGGGCUGGGCGCCUUUUCUGGCGGCCUGGAGCUGACUCACCUCUCUGCCUCUCUCUCUCCCUGUGUGUGUGUGUGUGUGUGUGUCAGUAUGUCCACUCCGGGACUGACAGCUGCCGCCUCCCGGAUCGCUCUCACUCCCAGCCACCGGCACAGCUGCCCCGUUUCACCGACCAGACAGUAACAUCCAGGGGCUGUUUCUCAGCUGGACUCGGGGGGGGAUGUCUGCAGAGGAUGAUAUUCUGACGAGCCAAGGUGAUAUGUGGCCCGAGUUUGAGAAAGCUGAAAAUCUGGCCCGAGGAGCGGCGUUGAAGUGGGCCUCGGGAAUCUUCUAUCACCCAGAUCAACUGGAGAGACUGGGCCAGUAUCGCAAGAGAGAGACGCAAAGAACAUCCUCUGUUCAGUCCAGGUUAAAGUCUGCCGUUCAAUCCUAUCUGGAAGGGGUCGCAACAGGCCUUGGGCAGCUGAAGGCAUCUCUUGAUGAUGUCAGAGCAGUGCGCCGCACACUGGUUGACGUCUGUGAGGAUUGGCAGAAGAAAGUCAAUGGGUUUGAAGGCCUGGGGCAUUUACGCAGCCUGGUUUCUGACCAUGUCCAGUUGGCUACUGCAGUGCACAAUCUACAGCAUGUAUUCUCAGUCCCUGAGGUUGUGAGGGAGACCCGGCAGCUGAUAGAGGAAAGGAGGCUGCUGGACGCCCAUGCCAAGCUGAUGGAGAUGGAAGGCUGGCGAGACAACAUCCUUCAACAGCUACACCAUGCCGGGAGGCAGGACACGGAAGGGGAGCGGAUCGUCCUGUCCUACUUUACUGUCGUGGGCCAGCUCAAUGAGGAGCUCACCAAGGAACUCUGGGAUGUCGUGGGCUCCGGCCUAGCCCUGGUCAAGCAGGACCCGUCCCUGUUUGUCUCAGCGAUCCGCAUCAUUGAGCGGGAAGAGGAGAUGGACCGAGCAGCUGCAGACAGCCAAAGGCAACAUGCCUUCCUCCCUCCCGGGAGGCCAAAGAACCUGCGGCAGACCUUUUUCAAAGUUAUCGAGCAGUCCACCAGGGCGCAGUUCCGGGCGAGGCAGACUGAUACGAAGGGACCGGGACUGGCCAGUCACCUGGCGGCCUUGCACAACAAUAUUCUCAGUGAUCUCAAAGUGGUCAAGCACUUAAUGGUGCAGUGCUGUCCUCCCCACUACAACAUCCUCCAGACCUAUGUGCUGCUGCACCACAGUUGCCUUUCGGGGCAUCUGCAGGAUAUAAUCUCCUGGGAUUUAGAGAAGAGUGAGAUCUACACAGUGCUGAACUGGAUACGCCAUAUUUACCACAGCCGUCCGAAGAUGCUGGCUCACCCUGACCUCUCUCCUGAUGUCGACAUUGUGUCACCAGGACCCCUGAUUUCCCAAGAUGCACUGGAGCAGCUGCAGAAUAAAUAUGUCGGUGCUAUCCGGGUGGCGGUGUCGGACUGGAUGCAGAAAGCCCUGGAGGCAGAGGUGAACGACUGGUACCGAGAGGAGGAGCCCGAGUCUGACCAUGAAGGUUACUACCACUCCAGUCUGCCGGUGAUUGUGACCCAGAUGCUGGAAGAGAAUGUCCAAGUGGCGAUGGUCAUCAGUGACUCUCUCAGGGACCAAAUGGUCACAAUGGCCCUGCAGGAAUUGGAGUCCUUCCUGUGCAGGUUCCGAGAGGCGGUGAUCAGUUAUGGUAAAGAACGACAGAAGCCCUCCCAGCCCAAGUACUACCUGCUGUAUCUGCUGGCUGAUGUUAACAACUGUAUAGCAAUCAGGAGAUGCAUCCAGUGGCUGCAGCAGCAAGGCAACCAGGGUUCCCAUGGCGACGGCUGCAAUAAGUUACCUCAACCCAUUGAUACGGCCUUGGACCGAGCAAUGAAAAAAGGCUGCAGGCUGCUGAUAGAUGAGAUGCUGUCAGAACUCCAGCCCCACUUCCUCCAGCUGUGGUCUACGUCCUGGUUCUGUGGCUCUGAUAUUAUCGACUCUAUCUGCACUGUCAUGGAGACACACUGUGGUCACUUCGGCCACAUCAGGGAGCCCAUCUUUCAGUUCAUGCUGUCUGAAGGCCUCCGUCUGGUAAUCAUUGAUUACGUCCGCACGCUGGUGUUGAGGAAGAUUGUCUGCAAAAACCCCACAGAACGAGAGAGGCUGUCAGACAGAAUGGCCCGUGAUGCAGAGAAACUGCACAAACUCUUCUGCAAUCUGGCUGUUCUUCCACAUCUCGUCAACUUGACAUCUUCCAAAAUCCUGAUGUCUGUGCCUUCACUCCCGGCCAGUCCCAUUCCCCCAUCGUCCCUGAGCUCACUCAUCUACACUGGCUCCCAGCUGUUUCCGUUCUUGAAUAACAAGGCAACCUCCUGGUUUUCUUUUGCCAGUGAUGAGCAUGUUUCGGCCCUGCUGGAUAUUCGGGGCGAUGUGUCCAAAGACGUGCGCGGGACGGUGCUGGAGAUGUUGGAGCAGAGCUCCCAGCCUGCCCCCGAAGACUACCAGCCCAUCUUCUCCGAGAUCCUGGUGCCCACUCCUGUUCUCCCCUUCUGUCUGCCCGCUGUCAAAUGCGGCUAGCCCUCCUCUCCCCUCACCCCACCCCCACCCACCUCCUCGCAUCUCACUGCAGGCCUCAGGGUGGACUAAGAGGUCACCUGACACUUGCCAAUGUGAGACAGUCCUUCACAGUCCAACCGUGCGAUGGAGACUGGAGGCCAGUCUAGGGGAAGGUGUCCAAAUUAUGUUGGCAGACCUUGUCGCUGUCAAGGUUAGUGAGCCCCUGGUGUUCAAGCCUUUGAUCUCACUCCCCCAGAUCUACAAUUAUCUCUCAUAUUUAUAGGAAACAACACAUGUUCCUAUAAGCUUCCUGUGGCAAGCAUGCCAUGAUCCCACUCAGAGUCAAAAUUCCUGGUACAGUUUGCUAGACUUUACGUCCUCUAUAGGAAAGAGAAGAUAUGUGAAUAUCAAUGAAGAGUGACACUUGAUUUCCCACCAAGAGUCGCUGCCAGAGCAUUUGGGUGAAACACUAGGGGAUUAUCCGUCCCCAUGCUACCAGACCAAAUACAAAACACCAGCUCGCUCCUGGGAGAGCAGGGAAUUCUCACCAAGCUGAAGAUAGCUCAUAAAUGUCACAUCCAUCUUUCAGCAGUUUGUUCUCAACACUGGAUUUCCUGCCCAAGGGAAUUUAGAGGUUACAAUCCUCCCACGCAGCCUCAAAUUGCUAAACUAUUUACGCUUUCAUGGGAUAUGCACCUCGCUGACAAGGCCAGAAAUUUAUCGCACAUUCUUAAUCGCCCUCGAACUAGGCCACUUCAGAGAGUCAUUGCUGGAGUUAAAUAUAGUCCAGACUGGGAAAGGUGGCAGAUUUCCUUCCUUAAAGGACAUCAGUGAACCAGAUGAGUAUUUUGUAAUAAUCGCUGAUCGUUUCAUGGUUGCCAGGAUUAUAUUCCAGAGAUUAAAUUCCAUCAGCUCCCCUGUGUUAAUUUGAACCCAUGUUCCCCAGAGCAUUAGUCUCUGAUUCCUCGUGAUAUUCUCACAAAGCCACCAUAUCUCCGCUCAACCCUGGAAGCUGUUUUUCAAGGCCCCUUCCCUCAGCUGGACUGAAGAGUGCCUGCCUUGAACCGUAGGUCAGGAAGCUGAUUUAAAUUUUGAGGAAUUGUGGGUGGACCCUAGUGACUGCUGAAAACAAAGAAAUGACCAGGGGAACUUGCUGGAAUAAAUUCCCAUGGAACCAGGAAAGGUGGUUGUGGGUUAUGGAGUGGGAGUGUGCCGGGCGGGCCUUUGCAAGACUGGGACACCCUUGCCCAGCCCUCCACCUUUUCACCCCAUGAUAUGAAGUCCCAUUUUGUCACUGGUCCAGGGUUGGCGAGUUUCUAUAGGAUGCCCUGUCGGGGAAUGUAACUGGACUGACCAGAUUUCAACUAGGCCCAAGCUGUGAAUGCUCCCUUGGCAGUACUCCCAUGCCCACCCCUUCAGGCCAAACACAAGGAAGUGGCCCUCUGGUUUACAACCCUGUCGUUCCCUCGGAUCCUCACAAUGAGUGAGCAACUCAGGAUUUUAACUAUAAUUAGAGGCUUUGGCCUGUAUCAGCUGAUAGACCUCACUAACCGCACCACACCCCCAACACCAUCUUACAGGGACAACAAAUUGACUGCCUGAGCAGGGGGAUUACAUUGGUAAAGCUAAUGACAUGGACUCGGAUAUCAAUAAAUGGAAUGUUAACAAG